GUGUAAUUAAUAGGAAUAAAUUUUGUAUAUCUAGUGUCCAACAAAAUGUCAAGUGAAACUAAUGGUCCUUGCACCGAUGCUAAUAAGACACUUGGAAUAGAUGAAGCUUGCUUCAACAUAUUAAAUUCCUAUAAUGUCCCUGUUCGUUUUUAUUCAAUAGCAUGGGAAGCUUAUUGGGGUAUUGGUAAACUCCAAGCUACGUUACCACCAGAAAGAAACACGGAUCUAGUAGUAAGCACGAAACAUCCAUUACAUGUGUAUUAUCGUAUUCAAGAGAAUGAAACCAAGUACUUGGAGUAUUGUCACACAACAUACAGAUUCAAUGAACAUGGUACCUAUGGAUGGAAUAUUUCAUCCGAUAAAAUUUGCUCUGACAUUUAUGUAAUACGUGAACCAACAGAAAGUUAUCUUCCAAUUCUUGUAGCAUGUAUGAUAUAUGUUCUGUUAGCAAUUCUGUGUUCGACAUCAAAGGUCAUUGUACGAGUGAUAAGGGGAAAACUGUCUCCUGAUAAUACACACAAUAUAAGUGAUUUGGAUAGACUUCAGGAGUCAGAAAGCAUAACAAAUACAGUGAUUGUGACUAGGAAGUCCAGUACUAGAAUAUCUUCAGUGGAUACAUUUAGAGGAAUUGCUGUACUAUUGAUGAUAUUUGUCAACAAUGGUGGUGGAAAGUACGUUGUAUUUAAUCACAGUUCGUGGUUUGGACUUACAUUGGCAGACUUGGUACUUCCUUGGUUUGCAUGGAUCAUGGGCUUGACGAUAUCAAUAUCGAAGCGUGCAGAACUUCGCCGAACGACUUCGCGUAUAAAAAUAACGUUACGCUGCAUUCAACGAUCACUAAUAUUGAUACUUCUUGGAUUAAUGUUAAACUCCAUGCACAGUAAAUCUUUGAGCGAUUUUCGUUUCCCCGGUGUCCUUCAGUUAUUGGCUGUAUCGUACUUUGUGUGCGCCACGCUGGAGGCAAUUUUCAUGAAGCCUCAUUCUCAGGAUACCUUGCUCCAGUUUGGUCGGCUCGCGUCAUUUCGCGAUAUAUUGGACAGCUGGCCCCAGUGGCUAGUUAUGGGAGGAAUUUUAACCGUUCACACUUUAAUCACUUUCUUCCUGCCUGUACCAAACUGUCCAAGGGGUUAUUUCGGACCCGGCGGACAAUACGAUCAUCGUGGGAAAUACAUUAACUGUACCGCAGGCGCAGCUGGCUAUAUCGAUAGAUUGAUCUUUGGAAAUCAUACAUACUCCAAGACGAAUGAUUCUGUCUACGGUUCGAUUUUACCUUACGAUCCGGAAGGACUAAUGAAUACCAUAUCGGCUAUAUUGUUUGUAUACUUGGGUGUCCAUGCUGGCAAGAUUCUGUUACUUUACUACCAGUGUAAUGUCAGAGUGGCUCGAUUGAUACUAUGGGCAGUAUUUACGGGUAUCAUUGCUGGAAUUCUGUGCAAUUUCGAGACACAAGGAGGGGCAAUUCCAGUCAGCAAACGAAUGAUGACCUUAUCAUUCGUUCUGGCGUCUUCUAGUUUAGCUUUCUUAUUAUAUGCGGUUCUAUACAUUCUUACUGAUUACAGGCAAUUAUGGAGUGGGGCUCCCUUUAUCUAUGCUGGAACGAAUCCUAUUUUCCUUUACGUGGGACACGUGUUGACGAAAGACUUGUUCCCAUGGGCAUGGCACAUCGUCCAUCCCACACACGCGUCCGUUUUAGUUAUGAAUUUAUGGACAACAACAUUGUGGGCGAUAAUAGCGUACAUGCUUUAUUGGAAAGAUAUUAUCAUAACUAUAUAAAAUCUGUAAUACGCAACAAGUAUGAUAUUACACGUUUACGACUGCCUAAGUAUUUCGAUACAUAAUACUUUUACAUGUAACUAUUGAUGUAAAAGAAAAAAAAUACCAGUGUUUUAAACGAA